GAGAGAAGGAGGGACCGAGGGGGAGGCAACGGGCAGAGGAGGGAGGGGGCGGGCGGGCAGCGGUGAGGCGGGAGGGGUUAGGGCUGGGAGGGGAAGAGACUCCGGGCUUCAGCAGUGACACUCGGGAGCGAACACACACUCCUCGCUUCCAGCCGCGAGAGAGCGGAGCUAACUGAGCAGCGCACCCGCCACCGCCGCUGCCGCCCCGUGCGCCCGGCUCUCCCCGCACCCCGCGCGGCGCUCCAGCCAGGCGCCUGUGCGACUAGCGGCCGCCCGCGAAGCCCGCGCCAGCCCCGCGGGUCGCUGCGGCAUCCUCCCGCCGCCCAGCCCCCGCACGCUCCCUGCAGUUUAAAAGGACCUCCCGCCGCUUCCCGGCGCUGCCCCGGGAUUCCCCAGCCCCGCGCGGCUCCCUACUCCACUUCGCAGCAACUUCGGCGGCCGCGCGCCGCCCGCCCUCGCCCGCCUUUGAAGUUUGCUGUGCCGACCGCAAAGUUGGGACACUUCAGCGGAUUGAAUUUUUCUCUUUUCACUGCCUCCGUCCCCGCCCUCCAGGCUUCUCGUUCCUGGAUAUUGGUGCUUAGCAUCUUGGCAGGGUCCGGGGACGUGGACUAUUUCGCACACCACACCACGGGGAGGGAUUUUUUCUAUUUUCCCUACGAAAAACAAACAGAUCUUUUUAAGGAUGGUGCUGCUCCACUGGUGUCUGUUGUGGCUCCUGUUUCCACUCAGCUCAAGGACCCAGAAGUUACCCACCCGGGAUGAGGAACUUUUUCAGAUGCAGAUCCGGGACAAGGCAUUUUUUCAUGAUUCGUCAGUAAUUCCAGAUGGAGCUGAAAUUAGCAGUUAUCUCUUUAGAGAUACACCUAAAAGGUAUUUCUUUGUGGUUGAAGAAGACAAUACUCCAUUAUCAGUCACUGUGACGCCCUGUGAUGCGCCUUUGGAGUGGAAGCUGAGCCUCCAGGAGCUGCCAGAGGACACGAGUGGGGAGGGCUCAGGUGAUCUGGAACCUCUUGAACAGCAGAAGCAGCAGAUCAUUAAUGAGGAAGGCACUGAGUUAUUCUCCUACAAAGGCAAUGAUGUUGAGUAUUUUAUAUCGUCUAGUUCCCCAUCCGGUUUAUAUCAGUUGGAUCUUCUUUCAACAGAGAAAGACACACAUUUCAAAGUAUAUGCCACCACAACUCCAGAAUCUGAUCAGCCGUACCCUGAGUUACCCUAUGAUCCAAGAGUAGAUGUGACCUCACUGGGGCGCACCACGGUCACUUUGGCCUGGAAACCAAGCCCCACUGCCUCUUUGCUGAAACAACCCAUUCAGUACUGUGUGGUCAUCAACAAAGAGCACAAUUUCAAAAGUCUCUGCGCAGUGGAAGCAAAACUGAGUGCAGAUGAUGCUUUUAUGAUGGCACCGAAACCUGGUCUGGACUUCAGCCCCUUUGACUUUGCCCACUUUGGAUUUCCUUCCGAUAAUUCAGGUAAAGAACGCAGUUUCCAAGCAAAGCCUUCCCCAAAACUGGGGCGUCAUGUCUACUCCAGGCCCAAGGUUGAUAUUCAGAAAAUCUGCAUAGGAAACAAGAACAUCUUCACCGUCUCUGAUCUGAAACCCGACACGCAGUACUACUUUGAUGUAUUUGUGGUCAACAUCAACAGCAACAUGAGCACCGCUUAUGUAGGUACCUUUGCCAGGACCAAGGAAGAAGCCAAACAGAAGACAGUUGAGCUAAAAGAUGGGAAGAUAACAGAUGUAUUUGUUAAAAGGAAGGGAGCAAAGUUUCUACGGUUUGCUCCAGUCUCUUCUCACCAAAAAGUCACCUUCUUUAUUCACUCUUGUCUGGAUGCUGUCCAAAUCCAAGUGAGAAGAGAUGGGAAACUUCUUCUGUCUCAGAAUGUGGAAGGCAUUCAGCAGUUUCAGCUUAGAGGAAAACCUAAAGCGAAAUACCUCGUUCGACUGAAAGGAAACAAGAAAGGAGCAUCUAUGUUGAAAAUUCUAGCUACCACAAGGCCUACUAAGCAGUCAUUUCCCUCUCUUCCUGAAGACACAAGAAUCAAAGCCUUUGACAAGCUCCGUACCUGUUCCUCGGCCACCGUGGCUUGGCUAGGCACUCAGGAAAGGAACAAGUUUUGCAUCUACAAAAAAGAAGUGGAUGAUAACUACAAUGAAGACCAGAAGAAAAGAGAGCAAAACCAAUGUCUAGGACCAGAUAUAAGGAAGAAGUCAGAAAAGGUCCUCUGUAAAUAUUUCCACAGUCAAAACCUGCAGAAAGCAGUGACCACAGAAACAAUUAAAGGUCUUCAGCCUGGCAAAUCUUACCUGCUGGAUGUUUAUGUCAUAGGACACGGGGGGCACUCUGUAAAGUAUCAGAGUAAGGUUGUGAAAACUAGAAAGUUCUGUUAGUUACCUUCUUAUAGAGAUAUAUUAUGUAGAACUCCAGGAGAGACAUUAAAUCACUUUAAGUAUAAACUGACUACUCCCACAGCUGAGAGAAGUUGUGACCUGUACUUGUACUAUGGAAGGAAGGAUACCAACUUGUGUAUAUUGAUGUUUAAUAUAAGUAACUCUUGAGGGAGACUUGUUCUAGCGUGCCCCAUGGUACCUAGUGUGUGUCUGAUGCCGGUUGGUGUCAAAGAUAGAGGGCUUCUUGAAGGAACUUGCCAUUCCUUGCUUUGACCACUGCAUGAACUGCUUCUAAAUUAUUUUAUUACCUAAAAAUUUAAAAUAUGCCAUUCAUUGCACACACCCACAAAUGCAAAUCAUUCCUCUCUAUAGAUGCUAGGAUAUAUAUAAAUUAUUUUAUAAAUUCUUGUUUUAAAUGUCAGUGUUUCUAUGAUUGUAAACUAUUAAAUUCUUUUCCUAUUAAAGUACAGAUCUAAUCUAAGUAUUAUUAAGUUGAUAGCCCUCUAGUCAGUUAUAUUGCUAUUGUAAAUUCUUGUUUGUUGAGUAAAAUGUUUAAAUACUAUAUGUAUCUCAUGUACAAAGUUGACAUACAUUAUAUUCAUGUACAUAAAAUUAAAGAGAUUAGAUUAUAUACUGUUCAUUUUCCCAAGCAGCUACCUUGGUGUAUUCAAUUUCUAAUCUGUCCUAAAAACUGCACCUUCUAUAGUUUGGCACCAAAACAGACCCUUUUUUAGUAAUUAAAAAGGGAUGCCCCAUCUCUCUAAAGUUACUAUGGCAUUAGAAAUUGUUAUUAAAAUUUGUAUUUUUGACGUUGAAUGGGAGCCAGCUGUUAGGAGAGUUGAGAGAGCUAUAAUAGACUUGUUUUAAAAGAAUAGGACAAGCCAAACACUAACUCGACAAGUAUUCAACAAAUUGUCCUUAAUAACCUAAAAUAUAUCACUUUAUAAGCAUUUAUUUUAAGUACAAAAUUAAGGUAUUUCAAGCAUUUUCCAUCUGUUUGAAUCUUAGCGAAAUAGUUAAAUAAUUAUUUUAAUCUCUAGCUGAUGCAACUUAACAAACACCAAUCAGGACUUUUAUUAGUAAGAAGAAAACUAGGAAAGCUGUUGUUUUAUAACAUUAAUGGUCUGCUACUUUUAACUUUGAUUUUUCAUGGAUUUUUUAAAAGUAAUUUCAAGUGUAAGAGACAAUUUAGGCAAAUCAUAACAAAUAUUUUAUCAGAGACUGUGCACAAAGGGCACUUUUAAGUAGCUUCAUUCUCCACAGGUUCUAUACAUAAAUCAUGAGGUGUUACGAGAAUAUUGGUCCAGGAAUCAGAAAAGUCUGGAAUUUACAAUCACCUAAAGCAAUAUGACUUUAAGAAAAUCCGUUACCUCCCAUCAUCUCCCUUUCCCAUCUGUUAACAUUUGGUGGUGAUAGAUUUAGAUGAGAUGACAUUGUUAGAUACUUUCUAUUAUAAGAGGUUGUCUUUGGUAGAAUUCUAUGAUUCUAAAGUGCUGUGACUACAAGUGUGGACAGGUGUAAUCACUUUACCUCUACACUGCCCCCUGCAUGCUGACACUGCCGUUCAUAUGGUGGGCGUUCAACAGCAACAUUCCUGUGGAGUAUAGAUGGCUAUGACUAAGGUAGUGUAAGUGGUGGUCCUUAUAAAAUAUGCUCUGCUUGCCUUAGGGGAAAAUAGUCCCUUAAAAACGUUCUCAUCCAACUCCUCAGUGUUAAGAUAUCUAAACAAAAGUGACCACAUCUAUACACAACAGUAAUGACACCUGAAAGAAUUUUUUAACAGAUAAAGAACAGUACCCCCAUGGUUAUGUAACCAACCAACUAGGAAGGAGAGACUUUAAAAUUGACAACAUCCCAGAGAUGUUAUAUCCUAAGUUAUGAAUGUGCUGCCGUUGAAGAAAAAUCAGCUUUCUCAUAUUACUCACAUAUAUAUUAUUACAUAACAAUGUGUUAAAUUGGACUACAGUGAAUCAAAGAGUUAUUGCAGCUUCUGAAGGUGACAGACUUAACUUUCAGAUAUUGCCUAAUGCCUGGGAAACCCUGGGAACCACGCCAAGUCAAUUUAACCAAGCUUUUGCUUUUUAGCCAGCUGUGAUGGUGGUUUCUACAUAGUCUGGAUAAAUCCAAGAAUACUUUCAUGGCCCUAGUGAAAUUUGCCUUUUUGAAAUUAUUAGGAAAACGAAAUACACAUUAUGAAACUUCUAUCACUCCUAAAGAAAGGGGAAAACCUAUUAAAAAUGAAGCUCUCUUAUUUACUAAUGCAUUUCUAUUUCAGGAGCAUUUGGCUAAACUGGGGACAAAAAACAAAAACUUGUUCUUAAUUAACAAAAGAACUAGAAAGAAGCUCAUAUGAAAGCACCACCUUGUGUUCAGUAAGCUUCAGGAUAGCUCUGUUGACAGCAGGGCAUUUAGAGAGUCCCAAGUAUAGUCAUGUAUCAUUGGGGAGGGAAGAAUCUUUGAGGACAUCUAGUUUACAAUCUUUAUUAUUUUUCAGGUGUAGAAAAGAGAUUAAAGAUCAUAGAAGUCAGAAUAAAUUUGUAAAAGUUCUCAUAGUCAAAACAGCUAAGUAAUGGCAUUGCCCAGACUCCAAAAUCCUGACCAGAAUAUAAAUCACCAAUUGCUGGUUUAAAGGGGUUAUUUGUGAAUCAUUUUCCAAAAAAAGAAGUACACUUUUUGUGUUACUUACCAUUUCAAAGAAACUUAUUCUUCAAGAGCAUUUCAGAUUUCCUUAGGAAUGUAUGUGUUACCCAUAAUUGACCACUUCAAACUUGUAAGAAAAAAAAUGUUAUGGCCAUUUUGUUAUUUUUAGAGACAAAGUAUUUCUAAUCUAGGUUUGCAUGCACAUACAACCUUGAGGCUGUGAGAUCAUUAGUGAAUUGCUUUAAUUAUAAGCCCUGUUUUUUUUAAAUCUAAAAACUAAUAAACAUCUAUAAGAAUUAUAA